AUGCCUUCUAUGUUGGUUCUAGUUUUAGUAACCAUUUUAACCUUCCAUUCAGUCAAUGCUGCUGAGCUUGAAACCUACAUUGUCCAUUUAGACUCAUCCAAGGGUGAAGAAUUCACUCAAAAGAAUGACCGUGAAAGCUGGUACCGAUCCUUUUUACCACAAACCACAAUGGGUUCAAAUGAUGAAACUAGCCUUCUUUUUGCAUAUCAUAAUGUUCUCAAUGGGUUUGCAGCCAAGUUAUCCAAAGAGCAUGUGAAACUCAUGGAGGACAUGGCCGGAUUCUUAGUUGCAAGACCAGAAAGAGUGUACUCACUUCAUACGACUCAUACUCCCAAUUUCUUGGGGUUGCACCAAAAUAUGGGGUUUUGGGCUGGUUCAAACUAUGGAAAGGGUGUCAUAAUUGGUCUUCUAGACACUGGAACGACUCCAAGCCAUCCUUCUUUCAACGACAAGGGAGUCCCUCCACCACCAGCAAAAUGGAAAGGCAAAUGUGAACUUGAAGGGUGUAACAACAAAUUGAUUGGAUUGCGGGAUCUUACUUUAGGUGGAAAUGAUACACAAUAUAAUCAAGUUGGACAUGGUACGCACACUUCCAGCACCGCAGGUGGAAAUUUUGUUAGUGGGGCCAAUAUACUUGGAAAUGCCAAUGGGAACGCGGUUGGGAUGGCACCACUUGCACAUGUGGCAAUGUAUAAAGUUUGUACGUUUGAUCAAGGUUGUUUAGAGAGUUGGAUUCUAGCAGGAAUGGAUGUAGCAGUUGAGGAUGGAGUUGAUGUGCUUUCGUUGUCGAUAGGAAAAGGAGGAGGCAUUCCGUUCUAUCAAGAAGCUAUUGCUUUAGGUGCAUUUACAGCUAUAAAGAAAGGUAUCUUUGUGGCUUGUUCCGCAGGUAAUUCUGGUACCUUUAAUGCAGCAAUGUCAAAUGAGGCACCAUGGAUUCUAACGGUUGGGGCUAGUACCAUCGAUAGAAAAAUAAUCUCAACGGUUUCCCUUGGAAACAAUAUUAUGCUAGAUGGUGAAACGUUAUUUCAGCCUAAGGAUUUUCCUAAAACAUUAUUACCUUUGGUGUACCCGGGAUCAAAUGGUGUUGAAGAUACAGCGUUGUGUUUGGAAGGAUCAUUGGAUCAUAUUGACGUGAAAGGAAAGGUAGUGUUGUGCGAUACAGGUAAUAUACCUGAAGUUGAGAAAGGCCAGAUAGUAAAGAAUGCUGGAGGCAUUGCUAUGAUUCUAGCAAACCGAGCUCCGGAAGGAGCUACUACUUUUUCCGAUCCUCAUGUUCUUCCUACGUCACAUGUCGGUUACAAAGAAGGAGUCAUGAUCAAGACGUAUAUCAAGUCAACCAGAUCGCCUAUGGGCACUAUAUUUUUCCGAGGAACUGUAAUCGGAAUUGACUCAGCUCCUCAGGUGACUUCCUUCUCAUCAAGAGGGCCUAGCUUGGCGAGUCCUGGAAUCUUGAAACCUGACAUCAUUGGCCCCGGUGUUAGCAUUCUGGCAGCAUGGCCCGUGUCAGUUGAGAACACAUCACAAGCAAGCGCUACAUUUAACAUGAUAUCUGGUACUUCAAUGUCUUGCCCUCAUCUUGCGGGCAUAGCAGCAUUACUGAAAGCUGCUCACCCCGACUGGUCACCUGCAGCUAUCAAAUCUGCAAUCAUGACUACAGCCGAUCAAGUGAGCCUAAAUGGUAAACCUAUUCAAGACGAAAGAGAACUCCCUGCAGACAUCUUCGCCGUUGGUUCAGGCCAUGUAAAUCCAUCAAAAGCUACUGAUCCAGGUCUCGUUUUUGACGUCACACCAGAUGAUUACAUUCCUUAUCUGUGUGGGCUGGGUUACACAACCCAAGAGAUUGGGACUAUUGUGAAACGACAAGUCUCAUGUGAAAAAACCAUACCAGAAGGAGAACUAAACUAUCCUUCAUUUGCAAUCACAUUAGCAAAAGGCGAAAACAAAACAUACUCAAGGACAGUAACAAAUGUUGGUGACGCUAACUCUGUAUACACUGUAUCAGAACCAGAUAUGCGUAUCCCAAAUGGUAUAGUUCUCGCUGUUAACCAUCCUGCUUUGGAAUUCACUCAAGUAAACCAGAAAUUAACUUAUGAACUAACAUUUAGUCGUCUUAGCAACAUGGAGAUGAAUGUUUCUUACGCCGGGGGAGUCAUGGCUUGGCGUGCGGGUACAUACGUGGUUAAGACACCUUUUGCUAUUAGGUUUGUAUAAGAGAAAUGGUUGUCAUGCUUUAUAAGCCCGUAAGCAUUUU